AUGAAGGGCGCCAUCCUCGCCUCCGCCCUUGCCUCUAUGGCUACUGUCCAAGCCUACACUCCCGCCGAACAGAUUGAUAUUCAGUCUAGCCUAAUCUCUGACCCUCAAGAGGUCGCCGGAAAAAAGGUGGACUAUAUCAUUGCCGGUGGUGGUUUGACUGGUCUUACUGUUGCCGCCAAGCUGACCGAGGACCCUAAUAUCCGCGUUCUCGUUAUCGAGAAGGGUUUCUACGAGUCUAACGAUGACCGUAUCAUUGAGGACCUUAACGCUUACGGCAACAUCUUCGGCAGCACUGUUGACCAAAACUACCUCACCGUUCCAAUGGCUAUCAACAACCGCACUCUUGACAUUAAGUCUGGAAAGGGCCUCGGCGGUUCUACCUUGGUCAACGGCGGCUCCUGGACCAGCCCCGAUAAGGUCCAGCUCGACUCCUGGGAGAAGGUCCUAGGCAACCCUGGCUGGAACUGGGAGACCAUCUUCGAGUAUAAGAAGAAGGUCGAACGUGCCCGUUACCCUACCGCGGAGGAGAUUAUGGCUGGCCAGCACAUCAAUGCUACCUGUCACGGCUUUAACGGCACUGUUCACGCCGGUGUCCGUAACACCGGCGAGCCCUAUUCCCCUAUGAUCCGCGCCCUGAUGAACACGACCGAAGCUAUGGGUGUCCCAACUCAGGUUGACUUCCACUGCGGUCACCCCCGUGGUGUGUCUAUGAUCCUUAACUCUCUGCACGAGGACCAGACACGUUCCGACGCUGCUCGCGAGUGGCUUCUUCCUAACUACAAACACCCUAACUUACAAGUUCUGACUGGCCAGAUCGUCGGAAAGGUCCUCUUCGAGUCGACCGACUAUGGUCCGAAGGCUAUUGGCGUUAACUACGGUACUAACAAGGCCGUUAACUUCAACGUCUACGCUAAACACGAGGUUCUAGUGGCCGCCGGCUCUGCUGUCUCGCCUCUAAUUCUCGAGCACUCUGGUAUCGGCCUAAAGUCAGUUCUCGAACCCCUUGGUAUCACGCAGCUCGUUGAGCUUCCCGUCGGUCUUAAUAUGCAGGACCAGACUACUACCACCGUCCAAGCCCGAGCAAAGGCUUCUGGUGCUGGCCAGGGUCAAGCAGUCUACUUCGCCAACUUCACGGAAACCUUUGGUGACCACGCCUCUCACGCUAUGAACUUGCUUAACACCAAGCUCGACCAAUGGGCUACAGAGACUGUUGCUCGAGGUGGAUUCCAUAACGUGACGGCUCUUAAGGUCCAGUACGAGAACUAUCGUAAAUGGCUCCUUGAGGACGACGUUGCCUUCGUCGAGUUCUUCUUCGAUAGCAAUGGCAAGAUGAACUUCGACUUGUGGGACCUUAUUCCCUUCACCCGCGGUUCUACCCACAUUGCCGAUGCCGACCCCUACCUCCAGUCAUUCCUCAACAACCCUAUGUUCUUCCUGAACGAGUUCGACCUUCUUGGCCAGGCCGCUGCCUCCAAACUUGCCCGUGAGCUCCAGAACAUGGGCGAUAUGAGCGACUACUUCGCCGGCGAGAACAUCCCCGGCGCCGAGCUCUUAGCCUAUGACGCUUCCCUCGAAGAGUGGGUUGAGUAUGUCAAGCAGAACUUCCGUGCCAACUGGCACGCCGUCUCCACCUGCGCCAUGAUGUCCAAGGAGCUCGGUGGUGUUGUUGACCCUACUGCCAAAGUCUACGGUACCCAGGGCCUUCGUGUUAUCGACGGCUCCAUCGUCCCCACCCAGAUUUCUGCUCAUGUCAUGACCACUUUUUACGCUAUGGCUUUGAAGGUCUCCGAUGCUAUUUUGGAGGACUACUACAAGCACUGA